AUGCCUCUCUCUAAUCGCCGUCGCGCGCGGCGCAAGGAAAUCCAGCUACAAGAGACUUCAGAUGCAGAGGCGCCGGAUUCGUCGCCCACGCGACCUUCGAACAAAAAGCGCAAAGUCGAUAGCCGAACUUCUCCCCAGCCUCCUCGACCCGCGAAAGCCGAGUCCGCCGACGAAGCGGAUGGAUCGUCUCCCGAGCGUGACUUGACCGAAAACCAGGAUCUCGUCGAUCUCGUCAUUUCGUAUCUCCAAGUCGCCCGUGAGCCGCUUCGCGUCCAGAAAGAUCAUUCCAACGCGAAAACCGAGAACAAGCAGAGCAUCCGCGCAUACGCCAAAAUCGCCGGCAGGAACUGGACGUACUACGUGAAGUCGCUUCACGUCAACAUCGGCCGUGAGCCUGACCGCGAACAGAAGCUAGAUGAACAGUCGAGUCCCGUCACAAUCGCUGCGCGAGCGCUGCCCGAAGUCCACGUCGAUCUAGGUCCGAGCAAGUUCGUAUCGCGCCUGCACGCGGAGAUUUUCUACGAUGGCGAGGAGACUGCGUCGUGGCACAUUCGCGUCAACGGCCGCAACGGCGUCCGCUUGAACCAGGCGAUUUUGAAACGCGGCACCGAUGCCGUGCUUUCAUGCGGCGACAUCAUUGAGAUUGCUAACACAUCGAUGAUGUUCGUUACCCCAGGCGACAAGGCCAACAUUCAUCCCAGCUUCGUCGAGCGCGCGCAACGGAUCGCCAACGGGGAAGAAGAUCCCAACUGGGACGCCACUCAUCACGCGCAUCCCCAGCAAACGCCGACCGUUCCCAAGGCCCAAGAGACUGUCCCGCCGUCGACCGGCGUUCCUUCACUCGCACCCGCUCCGCAGUUCCUCAAACGUCAGGUCACACCACCGCCACGAUCGCCGGACACCGUCGGCGCGCGAACCGCCAAGCAGUCGCCGCUGUAUAACCGGGGUAUGAUGAUGGAGAGCACCGAGGAAAUCGAUUACAGCAAGGAUGCCGCCAAGGACUUGAAACCGCCGUAUAGCUAUGCGACUCUCAUCGCACAGGCGAUCUUUUCGAGUGAGGAGGAGAAGUUGACGCUCAACAAUAUUUAUAAUUGGAUAAUGGACAAGUAUGCGUUCUACCGACAUUCGCAAAGUGGCUGGCAGAAUUCGAUCCGACACAACCUCUCAUUGAACAAGGCGUUCCAGAAGGUGCCCCGUCGGACGGACGAGCCGGGCAAGGGUAUGAAGUGGCAGAUUGCGCCAGAGUAUCGUGAGGAGUACUGGAAGAAGCAACUUCGCAAAGGUGGUACACAAUCAUCAGCGCCGUCAUCCCCAGCGACCAAAGAUCCCGCGCCGCGGGGCGCCGCUGCCAGUGGGAUGGAAUCGGUCUUCGCCGCUGGCAGGAAAUCGCCGCCUGUCUCUUCGCCCAGUUUCAGCUCAUUCCCAGUUGCGCCAGUCGAAGCGUACACGCCUGAGCGGGGCUCACGCGGUGUCCGGAAUGGUGCAAUAGAGCCGCCCUCGCUUCGGCCACCGAACCCACGAGACUACGAGGAGCCGUCGCCGUUGCCCAACCGGUCCGCAACGAAGCACGCAACUGGCCUUAGUCGGGCGUACGGACUAUCUGACGCAGCGACACGAUCUCCCCCGGUGCUGUCUUCCUCCUAUUACGACGAUGGCCCGUCCUCAAUGAUUACACCUGCACCGCAACGUCAUCAACCACGUCUCCCACCCCCGAGCACGGCUCAGAUUCCAUCAAAAUUCAUGCCCAUGAGCUCCCCUGCUCAAUUCUGGAAAUUCGCCGAUAUCGGGAGCACGCCUGCGCGCCCGGUUGCUGACAUGAGUCCGUUGAAAGGGGAUCCGGGAGACGUGCUGGGCAAUAUCCCGAGUAGCAGUCCCCCGCCACCGAACCUCGUCAGCCCGAGCAAACCGGGCACAGCUAAUGGGGUUGGCUCAGGUCGGCCUCUGUCAGCCCGGCGGGAAGACGGGCCAAGCACGAAUGGUGUAGACGAGCAUCAUCCGCGUGUGGAGGGAGAAGAUGGGGAGGAAGACGAUAAUGGAGGGUUCGAUCUGGCAAGGGGGUUCCAACCGAUUGGAACGUAUCACCGCCAGCUAAACAAUCCCGCAGCCCGGACUAGUACGGCAACUACUUAA